GACCUACUUCCUCUCUCUCUUCCUGCUUAUCCAACCUCGUAGGAUGUUUUUCACCAGAGCGUAAGACAUUGGUUUAUAGUCUGUCAAAAGUUUUGCUAGAACCUCCUUCCAAACUCUUACCGCGACCUCUCAUUAACCUCCUUUUCUCUCCUCUUCUCCUACCCUACACUAAUACUCGAAACUUUGUAGAAAGCUCUUGCAGUUAAACAACGGACCAGCAAUCGUUUAUGUGAAACUAUGAAACGUCGAGUCUGGUCUUUUGCAGUCGGUUGAGAUCCAUAAGGCAAGAUCAAUGAUUCUCGAAACAAAGGAGAUUUGGUUCUAAAUCGCGGGCUCUUCCUGAUUCACAAUCGUAAGACUUGUAUGAAUAAUAUGCUAAGAAAGUAGGAGAUGAACUUUGUCGGUCAAGAAGUGUUGUUGCUGGCUUCACCAACAUGGGAAAGUGUACGGUAUUUUUACGAAAAUAACACAACACAGUUGGUGUUAGUGUUGACUAGUGUUGUUCUAAAAGGUCGUUCGAUCUAUCUAGAAGGUUCAUACAACUCCGAAUUCAGACGGUGCAAGGGAUUAUUCAAAUCAGAGUUCAAACCCAAUUUGAUAGUCCCCUGCACAAUGUACAUCUUGUACUUUCGAUCUAGGUGCGACUCUGAUAUCGUUUGCGCUGUAAGAAGAGACUGUACACAUAGAAGGAAACUUGACCUUGCUGUGAUUUAUCGAUACAGGAUUCAGCAUCCUCAGAAAGUCUGGUCAGAAGAAAAAUGUCUUAGCCCCAUCUCUAGCAUUCAGGUUUUGGCCCUGUACGAGACUGCGUCUGCAACCGUGUAUUGUUCAUCAGGAAUAGAUACGACCUUUCAAUCUAGAGUUGUCUUCAAUUGUGCCGAAGUGUUUGACGCAAUAGUUGAACGAGACAUCUGAUCUGAGUUCCGGCGGUGCGGUGAGUCUGGGUGUACUUGAUGAUGAGUUCUGUAACGUCGAGAAACCUC